UAAAGAUGCUCCAAUUUAUUUUGAUCUCUCUUUUUGCGUUAUCUGGUGUUUUAGGUGGCCCUCACCACUUAAAAUUCCCAAAAUUCGAUGGGCGAAUCGUUGGUGGACAACCAGUCGAUAUAAAAAACUAUCCGUAUCAAAUCCAACUUUUAGGAAAUGAUGAUCACAUUUGUGGUGGUUCAAUCAUCUCGGAAUUCUACAUUUUAACAGCCGCACAUUGCACGGAAUACUUUAAAGCUCCAGAAUUAAAGAUCCGAACGGGAUCUUCAUACCAAUCAUCCGGAGGAACAAUAAUUCAAGUUGAAACAAUCCAUGAACACCCAAAUUACAUCCAUGAAACCACCGAUUACGAUAUUUCCAUUUUAAAAUUAACGGAGGCGUUAAUUUUUUCGGAUGUUACUGCUCCUAUUUCUCUUGCCCAAGAAAAUGAAGAAAUUCCUGUUGGAAAAAUGGCCGUGGUAACCGGAUGGGGGCGCCUCGAAUCCGAAGGUUCACUCUCAGAGCAACUCCAAAUGGUUCAAGUACCCAUAAUUGCUUUUGAAAAAUGUGCCGAAAAAUAUUCGGCCGUUAAUAAAACCCUUAGCGAAAGAAUGAUGUGUGCUGGAUACGAAUCCGGCGAAAAAGAUGCGUGCCAAGGCGAUAGUGGUGGUCCAUUAGUCGUUGAAGGGGUCCAAUUUGGAAUUGUUUCUUGGGGGGAAGGUUGUGCUGAUCCAAGAUAUCCCGGAGUUUACUCAAACAUCCCAAUCUUAAGAUCGUUUAUAACCGAAAAAACUGGAUUGUAAAGUUUAAAUUAUUUAUUUAAGUUAUUAAUAUGUUACAAUAAAUAAAAUUGUGUUUUCAACCCCA